AAGAAGAAGAAAAAGGAGACGCAGAAGAAGAAGAAGCAGUUAAAGGCUAUAGGCCUUGUUGGAGGAAGACAUGCUGCAGCUGUUCAUGAGCAAAAGGGAAAUGCUGCAAGAAGAGCAGGAGUUGAUUCUGAGUGUUGACCAGAAAGACAUUAAAGAAGAACAAGAGACAAUCUGGCCAAGUCCAGAGGGACAGCAGCUUCACUGGCUGGAGGAUGCAGAUAUCACUGAGUUGCCUUUCACUGCGGUUCCUGUGAAGAUUGAAAAUGAAGACCAUACGCAAACCUUACUUGCUCAUCAAACGGAAAUGGAGGAGAACACAGGAUCUGAGCCUCUGGCCAGCAACUCAACUGCACACAGAACAUUGACAGCAGACGCUGAUGAAGAGGACUAUAGAGGACCACAAUCUGCCAGCAUUUGGGGCCCAUAUCGUUAUUUACAGCCAGAUACUAAUGGUGGAAUUUCAGACAGUUCUGAAGCUGAAACUGACGAUAGUUAUGAAUGGGAACCAGGCACAGAACAUUGGUCAGGUUUAAACUGUGAGGAAAAGAUUGAAAGCAUGACUAACACAGCAAGGAAACAGUUUCAUUGCUCUAAAUGUGGAGAAGCAUUUCGUCACGUGAACUAUGCAGAGCAACAAAAUAGAAUUCAAGAAAGUGAAAAAUUCUUUAGCUGUGCAGAGUGUGAUAAAAGGUGGAGACAAAAAGGCAGUCUGACCACACAAGCAGGAAGUCAUACAGGAGAGAAAAUGUUUGUCUGCUCUGAAUGUGGUAAAACAUUUGGGCUAAAGGGCAAUCUGAAUACACACAUGAGAAUUCAUACUGGAGAGAAACCAUUUGCCUGUUCCGAGUGUGACAAACGUUUUGGAAAAAAGAGUGUCCUGAACAUACACAUGAGAACUCAUACGGGCAACAAACCAUUUUGUUGUUGUGUGUGUGGUGAAAGAUUUGGACAGAAAUGUAGCUUGAAUACACACAUGAGAAUUCAUACAGGAGAGAAGCCAUUUGGCUGUCCUGAGUGUGGUAAAAAAUUUGGACAAAAGUGCCACCUGAACACUCACAUUGUAAUUCAUACAGGCAAGAAGCCAUUUGGAUGUUCUUUGUGUGGUAAAAGAUUUGCAGUGAAAAGUGAUUUAAAUAGACACAUGAGAAUUCAUUCUGGAGAGAAACCAUUUAGUUGUUCUGAGUGUGAUAGAAGAUUUGGGGAAAAAAGUGAUUUAAAUAGACAUAUGAGAAUUCAUACAGGAGAGAAACCAUUUUGUUGCUCUGUGUGUGGUGACAGAUUUGGGGAAAAAGGCAUUCUGACCAUACACAUGAGAAGUCAUACAGGAGAAAAACCAUUUGUUUGUUCAGAGUGUGGUAAACGAUUUGGAGUCAAGAGCAAUCUCAAUAGACAUGUGCGAGCGCAUACAGGAGAGAAACCAUUUCAUUGUUCUGAGUGUGGUAAAAGAUUUGGAGAAAAAAGUGAUCUGAACAGACACAUGAAAAUUCAUACAGGAGAGAAGGAGGGGUGGUUUGGAAGUCCUACUGCACGCUAACCUCGAGUGUCCUCGGUCCCCACUGCAAAGGGAUUUACCAGGAGAGAUCCUGGUAUGAGGACAUUUAAACAAAAAGGAACCCCAGCUAAAAACUCUACAAUUAAAAAUGAAAAAGUCUAACAAGGAUAAAUUAUAUUGGCCAGGUGUCGUCCAGGAUAAAAAGGUCCCCAAAUCAUGCCUAGGCGCCACGGUGUGUGGAGAGAGCAAUGGUGCAACUUCUUCCAGUGCUGCGGGGAGACAUCUCUCCUGUGGCAGCACUCAGCUGGUAAUUCACCAGAUCAGCAUAGUUCUGAUCCUGGACCCCAGCAACAACAGCAUCAAAGGACCAAACAAAACUACACUAUUGUAAACUGGAGCAUUGAGAAGAAGAAAAAGAUCUUCCACUGCUUUCCUUACUCAAGGCAUGAGAAGUGGAGCAGGAGGACAAAGGCACCAUUUUUGGAAAAUUGAGGGGAUGGUCACCAUCUUGAAGAGAGCCCUCAGAUACAAUGCCAGCAAUGUUUAAGGUGAAACUACAAACUUGGGUCUGGGGCCCAUUGCAUUCUAUUACAAAGAAAUCAAAGAGAAAUGAGGGGAAAAAAGAGAGAAUCAUGAAAUAUCAAGACUUUAAAAAUGACCGAACAAAAUGAUCAUUGAAAGAAGUAGAUAUAAUACCAGUUGUGGUGGUGGCGACAGGGCUUAUGAAGAAAUACCUUGAGGUAAUCCCUGGUCACCCAAGUGCCCAAGAGGUGCAAUUAAUGGAAUGGUGACCAUCUUGAAGACAGUCCUCGGCUGUAGUGCCAGCAAUGUUUAGGGUGCAACAAUAGUUGCAACUAUUGCAUUCUGUUAAAAAGAAAUGCAAGAGAAUUGAAAAAAGAGAACACAUACGGCUCUUUGACCUAGGCUGAAUCUCAAAUUGCCCUGUACCACCAGAGGAUCACACAGAUGGGAUAUUAUAGGAUUGGGAUGGCCCAUUGUGACAUAUCAACGAUAAUGCCAUGUGGCUUACUAUUGUGGGUUUGGGAUGUAUUUUCUGUGAUCUAUGAAGUUGUUGAUCCUUAGACAUAUGAUGCUCAAAGGCAGUUCUUCUAAAUUGUUAUCACUGGUUAUUGGCCUUUGGUGGCUGGAAUUUCUGAGCUUGGUUGUGGUGGUAUGCCUCUGCAGCAUGAUUAGGAAUUUUUUCAGUCGGCUGAAGUCCGGUGUUCUUAUUCCAUAGAUAUAAAUUGAUCAACAUGAAUGUGUGGUCUGAACUGGGGUGGGAAAAAAACAUGCGAAACUGAAAAACCACAAUAUUUUGUGAAUAUCAAACCAGGACUUCCCUCAGAAAUUCAGAGCAUUAUAGUGUGGGAUGUCAGGGGGAGAAGAUCUAGCAUUUUGCAUUUUCAAAAAGUGUUCUGCAAACAUGGCACCAUUAAAAAAUGUUGUAGUAUACAUACACCAGGCCUGUAUGUGGCGCUGUAACACUCCCACAAAAAAUGGAGAGGACGACAUACACAUAACCGGUGUAAACCAGUCAUUGGCUGUUCUUAUCAACUCUGCGCUUAUAGACUUAUUGCAUAUUUAAUGCACAGUGUUUUCAUGUACUUUUAAAAACACGGCACUGUGUGUUGGUCCACUGGUUGCUCUCCACCUCGCACAUGAAGGGAAAUUAUGCGCAGUGUAACAGAAUCAAGUUUAACUAUUCAAAAAAUGCCUUUAUCAUGCUGAUUGUUAUUGGACUAGAUCAGAGUCUUCAUCUAUUCUUCAGCAGGGUGCACAGUGGAUUUAUCAAUGCGGCUUUUACAGAAAAGCUGCACUCCAUGGUCUAGUUCUUUUACAGGCUACAUUCACUUGGAUGUGCAACCUCUCGACUGACUCAGGAUUUCAACAACCGCCACCACUCAUGGUCAGAGAAAGCUCUGAAAAUCGUAACAAUGUGAUAAAUAAUUACCUGGGAAAACAGGGCAGGAACACCCUAAAUUUGAAAAUCUGCAUGGCAUCGCUAAGACCCAACAUGAUGGCACAGCAUAAUUAUGCCACUACAUAGGGAGAGCCCUGACACACCAUGGGUUGCAUACACUUUCCAAAAAAAAUGUGAGUUUUGCAACAUUGACUAUAAAUGAUUACAGCUCUUGGUGACAUUCUAUUGUACCUGCAUUAAUGGUAAAUGUCCACCAGGUGAAGAUAUUGCUCCAUUUCAAGAAACUUGAGUACAGGCUGAGAGACACGACAAUGACAAACCUGUUGCUUAUUGUAGUAGAUAUUGUCUUGUAUGGCUGCAGUUAGCGAAUGAUUUUGGAAUCCCGUAUUCCAUCGAUUGAGUAAUCAGAUAAAAAGUACUUUUGCAUUUUUAAACCGCAAUAUCAGUAGUACCAGGGCUUGUUGAUAAAAACUGAUCAAAUCAGAGUGAAGGCAUUUGUUGAAUAAAUUUGAUUCAGUUAAAGUACACGUCCAUUCGCUUCGUCUGCAAGGCAGAGAGCAGCCAGUGGACAAAAACAUAGCACUGUUUGUUUGUUUUUUCUUCAAAAUACACAAACACUGUUUCACUUUAAAUAUGCAGUAAGUCCAUUUCAGAUGAUCAGUGCAGACCCUUUUUCUCUUUUGCUUCUGCUGCUACAUUGAUUAGUUCCUUAUACCAGUUACGUGCAUGCUUGUAUGUUGUUUUCUUUUUCUUGAGUGUUACAGCACCAUAUACAAACCUGAUAUGUACAGUGUUUUCAGUGGUGCCAUGUUUAUGGAACACUUGGUUGACAGGAAUUAAAUGAAGCCUGAAGGCAAAGAAUUUGCCUGGGAACAUUUUGUACAACCAAAUUGAGUUAUUCGGGUAAUCAUUUCAUCCCUAUUGUCAUGUUUGUUUUUUUGUUUUUCAUUUAAAAUGUGAUUAUGCAAAACACAAUGUAAACUGCAGGAGGAAUGUUCAGGAUGUGGAAACUGUUGAUUCAUAAGGCAAGUACUGAGUAUUUAAAAUGAUGAUUUCCUUUUUUUUUAAAUUUGUCUUUAAACCUGUAUGCUGAAGCGUGGGGGAACAUACUAUGAUUUGAACUGGACCAUGACCUUGAAAUGGUGAUUGUUUUGUAUCAAAAUGUGAGGGAGAUGAACCAUUUUACACCCCUGUUUUGAACAUUGAUUUCAGAUCAAACUAAGGAUGAUAACUUCUACAUUUUGUAAUGAAUUCUUUGAAAAAAA